GUCAACGACACGACCCUUGAACGUUCAUCGAGCAGCGCCGGCGAAGUUCAACUUGAAGACAUAACUUACGAUGGCAGGAUACAAGCUACCUCUCAACAAGACCCGACUGUUAUACCUUGAGGCCCAACGGCACAACAACGCUACCGCCGACUUAUCGAGUCUCGGUGGUGCUAUCGGGACAGUCGUACAAGUUACCAUCAAAAGCAGAAGCGCAAGACCUUCGAAGGCGGAACUGGCCAUAUUUGCUAUAGAGCAGCACGAUAUCACGACGGCUAUCGAGACACUACUACUUGGACACGUAAAUGACACAGAGAGGCUUCCAAAGCGCGUGGUCAUUCGAGAAGACAGGCUGCUGGGAUACAUUCUUGUUGGCGAGCGAAAAAGAUGGACUUACGGACGACGGAAACAAUUCUAUUGGGGCGGACAUCCGCUAAGGAGUGGCGAAGACAAAUGGGUAUUCUAUUUCGAGACCACGAAAUUGCAGGCUAACUACACAAGACGUUGACUCUGGAGUUGUUUUUGUAGACCGUGGCUCAAUGUCUAUCGAACUGUCUGCAGCAUCGCUGUCGCCCAUGUGUAGACUCCAAAGUACAGCCGAUGCUAACCACCCGGCGACACCACUUGGCCUUUAUAAAUGCCCUCUUUUAUCCUGCCAUCUUGCGCAUACAAACUGUAUACAUACAUGCCCCGCGCAUCACCCGCAUAAGUUGCCUAUAUAAAAGCGUGCCUUUCCUAC